UCUAACAGUGCAGACCUCGGCAACUAAACCGAAGAUCAAAAAGUGUUCCAAGUGGAGUUGCUUCCUGGACUUACUUGCCGAUAAUGACCCAUAAACCUUGCAAGGGCCCUCGUCUGGGCGUGCGACAUCUGCAGUCGUUCCUGCUCUUUCUCGGCCUGACCGUGAUGCACAUCGCCCGGCUGAAUGUCAGUGUGGCCAUUGUGGCCAUGACUAACGCGGCCACCACGAAUCCCAACUUUCCGGAGUACGAAUGGACGGAGAAACAAAAGUCGUACAUACUCUCCAGUUUCUACUGGGGCUACAUCCUGACCCUGUGUCCUGGCAGCUUCCUGUGUCGUCGCUACGGCGCCAAGGUGGUCCUCUUUAUAGCCAGUUGUGGCACUGCUGUGUUCAGUCUGAUGACCCCGUGGUGCAUCACCUGGGGAGGAUGGCAGGUAUUUUGCGCCAUCCGCAUUCUUCAGGGCUUGUUCCAGGGCGUGAUCUUUCCCUGCGUCACAGAGCACCUGGCCAUGUGGUCGCCACCGGAGGAGAGGAACCGCCUGGGAGCCUUCAGCUACACGGGCACAGAUUGCGGCACUGUGCUGGCCAUGUUCAUAAGUGGCAUGAUUGCCAAGGGAGCGAUGGGCUGGCCGGGCAUAUCCUAUGUGUCUGGAUCCCUCUGCGCCGCCUGGUGCUUCCUCUGGCUGAUAUUCGCCUCCAACAACGCCACUGAGUCCCGAUUUGUUGGCGAGGCCGAGUGCAAGUAUAUCGAAUCCUCGCUGGAGCACAAUGAGGACUUCCACGAUCGCACCAUACCAAUUCCCUGGAGGGCGAUCUGGACUUCUGUGCCCUUCCUGGCCCUGCUGGUGACCCGGUGUGCAGAAACCUACGGACUGAGCACCCUGCAGGCGGAAAUUCCCUCCUACAUGAACGGAGUCCUCAACAUGGAGAUCCAGAGCAACGCCGUCUUCUCAUCGCUGCCCUUCUUGGCCAUGUGGCUGCUGUCCUAUGUCUAUCUGAUUGCCGCCGAUGUGCUGCUCAAGAAGAAGAUCCUGUCGCUGACCUCCGUGCGUAAGCUGUUCAACACGCUCUCCUUUUGGAUUCCGGCUGCCGCCCUGAUCGGCAUUGGAUUCCUCAGCGAGGAGAACAAGAAUCUGGCCAUCGUGCUGAUGACCGUCUCGGUGGGUGUAAACAGUGGAGCCACCAUUGGUAGUUCCCUGAACUCCAUCGAUCUGUCACCCAAUCACGCUGGUAUAUUGAUUGGCUUGAGCAAUACGGUGGCGAACGUUAUUCCCAUCCUCACACCACUGAUUGCGGGAGAGAUCGUGGCUGAUAAGCACAAUCGCGGCCAAUGGCAGAUCGUCUUUGGACUGGCAGCUGUCAUAUUCUUCGUGGGCAAUGUGGUAUUCAUCAUCUGGGGAACGGCCAAGGCGCAGCCCUGGGAUGCGGAUGACUUCCUGAAGCCCAAGGACACGGAGACCGCCUGCGAGAAGCCCAAGAUCACGCCCGCAGAAGUCGCGCCGCCCAUUGAUCCCGUCCUGGAGCAGCAAAUCAGUUGGCCGGAGCGGUAUACUGCCAAAGCCAUCGAGUGAUUUGUGGCGGAAGUGUCCGAUCGCCGAGAACAAUUGCUUUUGUUAAUCAGUAUUAACCAUAAGUAGGCUGUAAUUUAUAUUUAUUCUAUUUAUAAGGCGUGAUCGUAGCACGAGGCUUAAGUAAAUUAUUUGCAAUUGAAUCGCUUUUGUUGUUACCAAUCGCUUGUGAUUUCGGCACUCGAAUCAAGGAAGAGCCCGAUAGGCCAGUCCAGCGCAAUCUAAUCAGUUAAUUUAUCUCAUAAAUGUAUAUAAGUACCAUAUUUAUAUUGGAUUGCGGC